CCAAUUUGUAGUGGUGUGAGUCCACAUACCCACACAGUCACUCACACUCAGCCACCACGCAAGCUCUCUCUCUCUCUCUAAGAAUACAGGAAUUAGUAUUUGGCUUGGCAGUCAUUUCUACCUCAGUGCUGGGGGAGCAGGUGAAUUAAAGUGGGACGGUGAAAAAGCAACAGGAGCGCAACUAGACAGAAUACCAAUUUUUUUUUUCCUGUGAUCACCAAGAAAUGCAAAUAACACUUUAAGAAAAAAAAAGCAAUUUUUAAAAAAAAUUUUUUUUGUAAAAAAAAAAAGCCGCAAGAUCAAGGAAAAGUACUGGCAAGAGAGCACAUCCAAAAACCACCCCAAAGAGCCAAAACAAAAUAUGAAAAGCAGUUUGUGCCAGAUCGCUCUUACAGUACUGAGCCUUUGUGAGGGAUUACGGGCCGUUCCCUUGAAACCAAAAGUGGAAUUUGAUGACCUACUAAACAUGGCUAGACACCUUCUGAGAGACACCAAACAAUCGUACCACAAUUUUAAAGCCAAAUAUCCAUCUGAAGGAGAGCACAAACUGGACAGCCUGCCCGUACUCUCUAUGAAUGCUGUAGAAAUUUCUAAUGUACAGAUCCACACAGGCCUCCUGAAGCUAAGCACUGACCUCUUCAUAUAUCAGAAACACUUUGACUGGUUGAGAAAGGCAGCACACGCAAUUCGCCCUAUGGACCACGAAUUUAAUGGAAUUCAUAAUCGCAUUGAAAAGCUGUUGAAGAAAAUUGAUCUCUUGAUGAUCAAACACCAUAUGCCACGUGUCACGGAACCUGUUGUUCCCCAGUUCCCUAAUUCAACCACUCCAUGGGGGGUCAUCCAGAGCGGUCAUGCUAUUUUCCAUCAUUUCCACCUCUUCUUGGACUAUGCAACACGUGUUCUGGUUCUGAUGAAGAACAAGUGGUGAAUAAUGAAAUUCACAAACCUC